UAUUUUUGAUAUGCACUUAGAAACACUUAUGUAAAACCUCUACAUUUUAAUGUGAUGUGUAUAAACAAUUAUAUAGAAUGUCUACUUUGUGAAGUACCAACUAAAUAAGAAUGGUAUUCCAUAGGGUCCUUGACCAGUGACUCCAACAUCAGAGGCAUUAUAGAUUGUGUUUUGAAGUAGCACCAUACACUUAGAAAUAAUAACCAUAUUAUCACAUUAUUUUCAUAUUAACAAUACCAUAACAACUUGGUAAGCAUUUACUGUCAAAUAGUCUAUCUAUGUUUUAUAUAUUUUAUUAUCUUUAAAUUUUACAGCAACCAUGUCAGGAAAGUAAUUUGCCCCCAUUUUGCAGGCUAGGAAGUUCAAGCUUAGUAAGGUGUGAGCUGAGCGUCAAAGCUUGAAAUCCAGGGUACUUUGUAAAUUUAGAUCAUUCUUCCUAAAUUCCCUUGCAAAAAGAAAGCUCUGUGUCCUUUUAUCUUCACACUUACCAAUGUUAGCUUUUCUUCCAGGUGCUAAACAAAGAAUUCCUAAAACUUACAGGCAACUAGUGAGAUUGCAUUGCUUUUCCUACUUUUUAGCUAAACUCUUCUCAUUUUAAUGGGAAUUUCCUAAGCAUGUUCUCUGCUGUUUCAAGUUUGUCUCACUAUUAUGUAGGUCCAGUGCUAUGUUUCAACCUUUGAUAACUUUAGAAGGUAAAGAAUGACAAUGGUCUCUUAAUACUUGUUUUUCUCAACGUUUUUUAAGAGCAGUAAUAGUUGAAUGAUUUUGGAUGAGACGUCUAAACAUAUUUUACAUACAUACCAUAUAGUGAGUUUAAUUUCCAUGUAGAUAGUGAGAAUGUCUGAAAUACCUAUAGACACCCACAGAUUGUUCUGUCAGAGUGUGUUGUCCUGUUACUGACCCCAGAAAGUAGAAUUGAUCAGUUCUCUUUUAUUUUCUCUUCAGGUUUGCCUGCAAUGAGACUUUACUCUUUACACUUAAAGAACGUUCUUUCUGAGCUGCUGUGAAUAAAUUUGGAAUGAUAUUGUCUAUUUUCAACUAAUGGAGGACUAGCUGUAUCUUGAACAAGGAUUGCUGUACUGGACAACUUCAGAACAUUGCUCACAAUGUCAUCAAACAGGAGUCAGAAUCCUCAUGGACUGAAGCAGAUUGGUCUUGACCAGAUCUGGGAUGACCUCAGAGCUGGAAUUCAGCAAGUGUACACCAGACAAAGCAUGGCAAAGUCCAGGUACAUGGAGCUCUACACUCAUGUUUAUAACUACUGUACUAGUGUGCAUCAGUCCAACCAAGCCCGGGGUGCUGGAGUCCCUCCUUCCAAGUCAAAGAAGGGGCAGACUCCUGGAGGAGCUCAGUUUGUUGGCUUGGAGUUAUACAAGCGAUUGAAGGAGUUUUUGAAGAAUUACUUGACAAAUCUCCUUAAGGAUGGAGAAGAUUUAAUGGAUGAGAAUGUACUGAAGUUCUAUACUCAGCAGUGGGAAGAUUACCGGUUUUCCAGCAAAGUGCUGAAUGGAAUCUGUGCCUACCUCAAUAGACAUUGGGUUCGCCGUGAAUGUGAUGAAGGACGAAAAGGAAUAUAUGAAAUCUAUUCACUUGCAUUGGUGACAUGGAGAGAUUGUUUGUUCAGGCCAUUGAAUAAACAGGUAACAAAUGCUGUCUUAAAACUGAUUGAAAAGGAAAGAAAUGGUGAAACCAUCAAUACAAGACUGAUAAGUGGAGUUGUACAAUCUUAUGUGGAAUUGGGGCUGAAUGAAGACGAUGCAUUUGCAAAGGGCCCUACGUUAACAGUGUAUAAAGAAUCCUUUGAAUCUCAAUUUUUGGCUGAUACAGAGAGAUUUUAUACCAGAGAAAGUACUGAAUUCUUACAGCAGAACCCAGUAACUGAAUAUAUGAAAAUGGCUGAAGCUCGUUUGCUUGAGGAGCAGCGGAGAGUUCAGGUUUACCUCCAUGAGAGCACACAAGAUGAGCUAGCACGGAAAUGUGAACAGGUCCUCAUCGAAAAACACUUGGAAAUUUUUCACACAGAGUUUCAGAAUUUGCUGGAUGCUGACAAGAAUGAAGAUUUGGGCCGCAUGUAUAAUCUUGUAUCUAGAAUUCAGGAUGGCCUAGGAGAAUUGAAAAAACUACUAGAGACGCAUAUUCAUAAUCAGGGUCUUGCAGCAAUUGAGAAGUGUGGAGAAGCUGCUCUAAAUGACCCCAAGAUGUAUGUGCAGACAGUGCUAGAUGUUCAUAAAAAAUACAAUGCCCUGGUGAUGUCAGCAUUCAACAAUGAUCUGGCUGGCUUCGUGGCUGCACUUGAUAAGGCUUGUGGUCGCUUCAUAAACAACAAUGCAGUUACCAAAAUGGCCCAGUCAUCCAGUAAAUCCCCUGAGCUACUUGCUCGGUACUGUGACUCCUUGUUGAAGAAGAGGUACUGACUUGGUGUUAU